CGUAUUCACACGUCAUAUCGUUCGCACCGUUUCACCAUGAAUACGUGGAGUCAGUAACUCCAGGUAAGCGUCGUCACGCGGCCCUGGAUCAAAGACCUUCAGCAUAAAAAGGGUGUGUCGGGGGAAUAUUUCGGCAGUAUCCCCUCAGACUCCAGCCAUGCGGAACUCUGGUCUCCUAGUUCUUGUCCUGCUGGUGGGGUCGUCUGUCGGCAGGCCACAGCUUGGUCUAGGAGACUCCGACAGAGACACUUCAAGAGGAACAAGAAGAGGUGGAGUGACAUCAGGACCAUCCUCAGGCAGGCAGAGAGGUCAAAACAGCCAAGGAGUCUUUGACGACGGUAGAACCUCGAUCACCUAUGUUGAUGAUGCCAAUAGCAACACCAACGGCAACAGAGGCUCGUCGAGUGACAGUGGUCGGGGUGUAUCCACUGGAGGUAGCUCCUCAAGCUUUCCUAGACAAGGCGGAUUUGGCUCGCAGAAUAACUUUGGUACCCCAGGUAGUUUUGGCUCACAGAAUAAUUUUGGCUUUCCAGGCGGUUUUGACUCAACAGGUGGGUUUGGAGCACCAGCAUUUGGCUCGCCAGGCGGUUUUGCCCUACCUGGUAGUUUUCCUGCUCAAAAUGGUUUAAUUUCUCCAUUUGCCUUCAACAAUCCCCAAAGCCUCUUGAACUCCCUGAACAUUAAUGACUUGGGCCUAAACAACGGAGGUGGAUUUGACAACGGAGGUGGCUUUGGCAACGGAGGCUUCGGUACCCCAUUCAACGGAGGUAAUAACUUUAAUCCGCUCAGUUUAGCUGCUGGUAGUGGACAGAAUGGCCUGCAAGGUAAUGGAUUCAACAACCCAGGUUUCGGUAACUCAGGAUUUCCAGUAAACGCCUUUGCUAACUCAGACAAUUCUGCUGGUGGCUUUGGAAACAGAGGUUUACCUGCUGGAAACGUUGGUAACACACAGUUCCCUGCUGGAAGUCUCGGUAACACUCAGUUCCCUGCUGGAAGCCUCGGCAACACACAGUUCCCUGUUGGAAACUUCGGCAACACACAGUUCCCUGUUGGAAACUUCGGCAACACUCAGUUCCCUGCCGGCUUCGGUAAUACCCAGUUCCCUGCCGGAGGUUUCGGUAACACAGGAUUCCCUGCUGGAAGCUUUGGAAACACAGGCAUACCAGUUGCAACGUUUGGUAACUCAGGCUUCCCUGCUGCUGCUUUUAGUAACACUGGAUUACCUGUUGGUGGCUUUGGAAACACUAAUGUACCUGCUGGGGGUUUCGGAAACACAGGAUUCCCAGUUGGAGCCUUUGGAAACACAGGCAUUCCUGUUGGAACCUUCGGUAACUCAGGAUUCCCUGCUGGAGCCUUUGGUAACUCAGGAUUCCCUGUUGGUACUUUUGGUAACACAGGCUUCCCUGCUGCAAGCUUCGGAAGCAAUGGCUUCCCUGCUGGUACCUUUAGUAAUUCAGGAUUACCAGUGAGUGGCUCAUCAAGUACACCUUUAAAUCUCUCUCAAAGCGCAAGUGCUCCAGCGAGUGGCUUCAGCAACGGCGAUACUUCUGGCACAGGCUCCAUUCAAAGGGCUCUCAAAAGUUCAGGUCACCGUCUAGCAGGAGGACCAAAAACCACUACUUCCCAGAAGAGCUAAAGGAAUAGCUCAGAAUUCAGAUGUAAAAGACCAAUAUAUCCUAUUCUUCUUGGUUUGUACGUAUCUUUCACUUACCUGAGGAUUCAAGAACGUUUUCGACUUGCUCACCUUAGACUACGUCACGAAAGUGGCAGCCAAAUUAGCGUCAAAGCUCUGCUGAGACUUUACUGUCAUCAACAAGCGUUCUUUCAUCCACCGGUGACAGAAGAAACGAAAACGAAUCCGGAUUGCUUUGAAUCCUGCAGCAGAACUGUGUACAUUCUCAGAUGUCAGGAACGACACUACAAGAGGCUUCCAUGCCAUGUUGAUUUCUGCAAGUCAUUUUAUAUAAGUAAACUGUGAUUGUUAUACUCGUUUUAAUCAUCCAAUAUAGAGUAAUGGAGGAAUUAUAAUAGGCUUUCUUAAAAAGUUCAUCUAUAAAGUGCGAUUUGUUUAAAUGCAUUUGAAAAUAAAAGAGCAAAUAUUCUAAGGGCCUUUACAGGUACAUUUUUUCAACCGCAUUUACAAUAAUCGCUCUAUAUUAGAGAAGCUUUAUAAACUAGAUGACGCUAUAAGAAUAUUUGGCUGUUUUUUACGUUUAAGCUUACCAACUACGCUGUGAUCAAAUCUGCUCAGAGCAUGUGAUGUAUGUCAGUAUAAAGUAACAUAUUCAGAGAUAACCUUAAAAGACUUGCAUACACCACUUUUUUUGUAAAUAUCAAAUUAUUAAGUUUACCACACAGUACUUGAGGAAUUUGGCCAGUGAGGCACAAAUUACUGAGUACAUGACUAUUUGCUCAUUAUAUGAAGUAUUUUUAAAUA